GUAAAACCGGAGUUACGGAGGAAAACGUGGCAAAUUUACUACCAGCCGCGGAUCAGUUUUGCGUCGAUGGAAUGAUAGAAGAUUGCAGCCAUUUUUUAAUCGAGAGGAUGAACUGCGAGAAUUGCAUCGGCAUCGGACAAUUUGCGAGAUGUUACUUCGUAUUUAGUCUGGAGACAACAGUAUAUUGGUACUUGAUGAGCCAUUUUGUCGAAGUAGUUCGGAAGAGUGAAGACUUCUUGGAAUUGCCUCUGCAAGAUGUUAUUAAAUUGCUGAAUUCUGACAGAAUCAAUGUGCGCAGCGAAGAGACAGUUUGGGAAGCUGGCAUCCGUUGGAUAGACCACAAGGCAGAUGAGAGGCGGCAAUACAUUGAUUCUAUAAUGAGAUGUGUCCGACUUGGUUUACUUGACACUCAGUACUUCAUUGAAAAAGUCAAGAAGCACCACAUGCAAUUUCGUGUUUUGCCUUGCAAAGUACGUAUGACCGAUCCCUUUGGUCCUCGAGCUUACCACAAACUGGCGGUCAUCGGAACUGACAUCUACGUCAUCGGUGGCUUUGAUGGUCUUAACUACUUCAACGACUGCCUUCGGUUUAAUGUUGUCACUAAAGAAUGGUCAGAAGUGGCUCCGAUGCAAUGCAAAAGGUGUUACGUAAGUGUAGCUUGUUUGAAUAACGUUAUAUACGCGAUAGGAGGCUAUGAUGGACAUUAUAGGCAGAAUACAGUGGAGAGAUACGAUAUCAAGACAAAUCAAUGGACAUUUGUUGCCCCCAUGAAUGUUCAGCGGAGUGAUGCGGAUGCUACAACUUUGAACGAUCGUAUUUACGCUGUGGGUGGCUUCAGUGGCAAUGAAUGUUUGGCGUGCGGGGAAUAUUACGAUCCGAUUACUGACCAGUGGUCACUUUUAACUUCUAUGAGUCAGAGAAGAUCUGGAGUGUCUGUCAUAGCUCACCGUGGUUGCAUAUUUGCUCUGGGUGGAUUCAACGGUCUGUCAAGGCUUAAAGAUGGGGAAAAGUAUAAUCCCUUAACAGAUGAAUGGUAUAAUAUUGCAGAAAUGAGUUAUCCAAGAAGCAACUUUGCCGUCCAA